AUGGGGACGGCAUUGACCCCAACGUUGGCACCGAUACCCAGUACGUUGGCUCCGACAUUGACACCCGUUCCGUACGGGGCAUUGCCUACACCGACGCCGACGCUCGUCACGCCAGGCACGCCAACGCUGACGGUCGGACCAACUGCGCCGGGGCAGGGAGAGCAACAGGCCAAGCGUUUCGGCGACCUCUUUCUCAGCGUGUACGUAGUUCAAGGCAGCAAAGAGAACGAAGGUCCAAAUUAUCAUCUUGUUACUGGGGAACGUGACUUCGAUGUGAUGCAGUUGUAG